CGUGGGGUGCGGACGGCGGUGGAGCGGCGCAGCCGGGCCGAGGCGGCGGGCGAGACGGCAGCGGGCGUGAUGGAGCGCGCCGUGGUCCGCUGUGUGCCCUCGGAGCCCAAGCUGAGCUUGUCGUUCGCGCUGGCCGACGGCAGCCAUAAGAACAUGCAGCGCGACCAGAGCGAGCCGCUGGGUCGUGCCCUCAGCCGGAUCGCCACCAACGCCCUCAAGGGCCACGCGAAGGCGGCCGCCACCAAGAAGAGCAGGAAGAACCGUCCGAAUGCGAGCAGCGGCGCGGCCGGUGCAGGGCCUGGGCCUGGGCCUGGGCCUGGGCCUGGGCCUGGGCCUGAGCCUGAGCUGGCCGCGGCCUGCGAGCCGGUGGUGAAGCUGUACUACCGCGAGGAGGCAGUGGCCGAGGACGUGCUCAACGUGGACGCCUGGCAGGACGGCGCGGUGCUGCAGAUCGGCGAUGUCAAGUACAAGGUGGAGCGCAACCCGCCCGCCUUUACCGAGCUGCAGUUGCCGCGCUACCUCAUGGCGGGCUUCCCGGUGUGCCCCAAGCUUAGCCUCGAAUUUGGGGAUCCCUCCGGCUCCGUCUUCCGUUGGUACAAAGAAGCCAAGCCCGGCGGAGCGGAGCCUGAGGACUGUCAGUGGGGUCCAUCGUCUCCCUCCUCGCCCUCUUGUACCUGGACCUAUACGAACCAGGAGAUGGUAUUCCAGAGAUUUCCUGUCCUUCAGGUGGUCCCCAACUUUUUGAUGUGAAGAGGAUAAGCAUGUGGUAGAAACCUGAAGUCUUGGAUGAACUAUUCAGCACUUCCAGGCUAGAAGUAUUUUUGAAACUGACACUUGAUUUUUUUUUUUUUUAAAUCAACACAACUGAAGAAAAAGAAAUUUCUAGGAAUGGAAAAUAUCUGCCAAGUUAACACUUUAAGGAACUAUGUGGGAAUUCAAAAAGUUUGUAGAAAAAUAGAAUUAUAGUACAACUUUAUUGUAGGAUGAAAAGAAUUUUAAACCCAGGCCAUUUUUUUAUAAUAUGCAUUUUCCAUGAACUUUGAUGACCUUUACAGGCAAUCUCAUAUAUCUUUUUAAACCCAUUUAGUGAAAACUAGCAAUCUUAUUUUCUCUUUUUUUAUAUAAUUUUAUUUCUGGAGAGAGGGAGAGAUGGCACUCUCUAUAAGAUGUUCAUGCUAUGAUUUUCCUGCAGCCCCAGAGCUAACCAGAAUAUAAAGCACAUUUGUAGGGAUGUUGAGGAAGACCUAGGAUAGGAACAUGGAACCUUCCCACAUGGUAUCCAGAAGUAUGUGGCAU